GAGCGCAGACAUGGCCGGGUCAGGGGCGAGGACAGAGGCGACUACGAAACGCUGAAAGUACUGGAGAGGUACAAUCCACGAAGUGAACCGCAAGGGGGCUACUUGAGGGUGGAACGGAACGUGAAGGUGCAGGUGUCAGUGUCGAGCCGAAGCUCAGCAGAG